AUGGGCGAACCAGCUGAUACCGUCUCGUCAUCGACGAAUCCGUUUGUGAAUCUCGCCGAGAUUUCCUUGUCUCAUGAUUCGCAGCCCGAUCUCAUCUUGGGCCCAAUGGCCAGCGCCAGCACCCUGCCUUCCCCUGCCGUUGAGCUGUCCAGCGGGGAAAACUCUCCAUAUGUUUUCAACGGCGCCCUGGAUUACAUUGACGACGAGUUUGCAAGCGGUUGGACAACACCCCUUGCAUCCUGUGUCAACUGCACUGCCUGGGGAUAUCAAUGCGAGGCUGCACAGGAAGGCGAGUCUCAGAGCUGUUGUGUACCCUGCACAUCUCUUGGAUGCGAGUGUAGCUUUCUGGACACCCACCCGAACUUUAACGACCGUGCCAUCAACGACCUCAUGCAGAGCAGUCGAACAUCGUCAACUGAAGCACAGGGACCACCGACGACCGACGUUUCAAAGAGACCCAGUGGCCCUUUCGAGCCCGUAACGGCAUCCACCACAUCAACUCCUCCACCACCCAAGAUCGGAACCAGGUUCUCUCGGGACUCAACUCGCAUACUACGGCAAUGGCUCUCCUCGCAUAACCAACACCCAUAUCCAAGCGAAGAGGAGAAAAGGAUACUGCAACACCAGACUGGCCUCAGCAAGGUUCAAAUCACCAACUGGCUUAUCAACGCCCGCCGACGCGGCAAGGUACAAGGCCGUCACCGGUCGACUUCGCCGUACUCGGGGAAUGCCGAGACCAGUACCGGACCUGUCAAUGUUCCUAGAAGGCCAGGAACACCAGCUCCUCGGAGUAGCCCUCGAUAUCAAAGUUUGAACCCCCUUGAGCGAUGGGUUGAUUCCCCUCCGGAGCACGAACCGGCCACCGUCACCGCUAUCGCUCGUGCUAUGGCGUCUAGCCAUGCCAACUCUUCAGUUGCAGACGACAGCUAUACUACCAGCUUCACCGAUGAUGAACCACCGCGAUCACUGUACUACACGUCGUCUGCAAGCAGUGCCGGGAACUCCAGCGGGGGUUCCUUUGCCUCUGCCUAUUCCCACGGCUCGAAAAACUCUGCCGGAAUCCCUCGUCCCGUGAUUUGCAGCCGCGCACGUCAACGGAGGCGUCCAAAGCGAACAUCACUAUCCAACCCGCGAAAUCAGUAUCAGUGUACAUUCUGUACCGAGACUUUCAGAACCAAACACGACUGGCAGCGUCAUGAAAAGUCGCUUCACAUGCCGCUGGAGAGGUGGGUUUGUUCGCCAAACGGACCCCGUGACAUUGACCCCGGCACGAAUCAAACUUGCUGCGUGUUUUGCGGCGAAAUUGACCCUUCUCCUGCGCACAUUGACAGCCACAACCCUUCUUCCUGCCAAGAGAGAACGUUCAAUAGGAAAGACCACCUCAAGCAACACAUGAAACUGGUUCAUAACGCCGGCCUCUUGGAUUGGUCUGCCAAAUUGUGGAAAAUCACCGUUCCGGAUAUUCGAUCCCGCUGCGGCUUCUGUGGCGCAUCCCUUGAUACCUGGAGCAUCCGAGCCGAUCACCUAGCCGAUCACUUCAAGAUGGGAUCGGAUAUGGCUAGUUGGAAAGGAGAUUGGGGCUUCGAGGACGCGGUGUUUGACAUGGUGGAAAACUCCGUCCCGCCAUGUGAGUCACCACCACCACGUUCGAGACCCAGGCUAACACAGACGGAAGAUCUGAUAGAGUACGAGCGCUUCUCGCCGUUCCCUUACCAGGCCAGCGGCACGCCUCCGGAAUCGCCGCGCAAUGCCUACGAGCUGCUCACGCUCGAGUUGAACCACUUCCUGCGACUUUUCCUCGAUCGAACGGGGAACUUGCCCAACAACAGAGAGAUUCAACUCGAGGCCUGCAGGAUUGUGUUCGCUUCCGAAGUCUCGGCGUCAGAAGGCCACCUGGGGGUUGAGUGCGAAUCAUGGCUAAGGGACCUGAUCACAUCGUCAGAGGACAUCACAAGGGAGGCCCGGUUCGGCCCUAUACGCUCCCGGACCGAGAGCAUGAUGUCUGUGCUCCAGAUCAAAGGGAAAUACAGCCUCUUCGAAGGCUGUCCCUGCGAGGCACAACUCGACGGAUUUGUCGAGGCGCGUAGAGACUCGGGUCCAAAUGCUCUCAGCAACCAACACCUGCAGAGCGAGGCCUGCAAGAUAGUUACGCGGCUAGGCAAGAGCUGGGGAUUGUCUCCUGCGGAUCUGAUCGACAACUGGCUGGUCAACCUCAUAAGCUCAUCAACGAGGUGGCUUUCCCCGUUCCGAUCAAGGAAGCGCCUUUCGCAGGUGGAAUUCUCUGUCGGCACGUCAACACAGCCGCAACUAGUCAAUGGGGAAAGAGCCUACACUGGGAUCCAAGUGCCCUUGGAGGUCCCCAGGUUUCAGGCUACGUCGACUGUUUCCAAUACACAAGCCAGUUUUCAUGACGUGGCUGUAGUUCCUUUCGAUGAAGACUCCGAAUUGGGUAAGAGUUCAACCAUGGCUAUUGACAGCCCCUCUUCGUUUCAGCCAGAGAAUGUCAACUUCAGACAACAUGCUAGCACGGAACCGGUUUCGUAUCAUAGGGAUCACGAAACGUCUCCGUCGAUGGACAUCCUACAGCCCUUUGAAUCCCUAUCGAGACCCUUCCUUCCGGCAACCAAUAUGUCAUGGCACAGACCGGGAAGCACCGAGUCGGACGGCCGCAGUUUGCCCACCCAUUUAUCGACGGUAAAACGGAACUAUGCCUUCUUCAACGAUGCCAACUUCCACAGAUGGCUGGCACAAGAGCUUCGACGCUGGAUAGCGGCGACCAUGUCCCCCAACAACCCGAACUGUCAUGUUCCGUCGGACGAGGAGAUUCAACACCAAGCACGGUUCAUCGUUUAUGAAGACGGGGAUCCGUGGAACCAGACUUCGGCAGAUAACCACGAGUGGUUGCGGAGAUUCAAGAACAGUAUCGGCAUGGGGACCCAGGAGCAUCUAGAUGGGUAG